GACGGCUGGCGUACCCUGUGAACCGCCCGAUCCCAAUCCUGGUGAUGUUGUAAUGAGAUACGACGGCCAAGAACUGCUCCAAUCUGACGACUUCAGUAGGCCGGCGAAGGGAAUGGCCUAUCAUCCAUUCCUGCAGCUACCGCGACCGACUGACUUCAGCGUCUCGUCGCUGUUGACCGCGGGUUCGCCGCCGUCAGCGCAAACCCAGCAGCAGAACUCGCCGGCGGCGGCUGCCGCAGCCGCGGCCGCCAUCAACAUGGCGGCCACGGCAGCCGGCACGGUGCCACCCGGUGCCGGCGGGCCACCCUCCUACUUCCCGGCGGCCGCCCUCGCCGCCCUGUCCGGUGGGCCCGGUGCCGGUGGGCCACCGCCCUCCCAUCUCUAUCCGGGCGCGUUGCUGCCGAAGCUGCCGCCACACCAUCCGCACGCCCACCAUCCGCUCGGGACGGCCUACACCACGGCGGAGGAUGUGGUGCUGGCGGCGGUGGCCGCCCAUCAGCAUCAUCCGGCGAUGAGGCCGCUACGCGCGAUGCAACCAGAGGACGACGGUGUGGUGGAUGAUCCGAAGGUGACACUGGAAGGGAAGGAGCUGUGGGAGAAGUUCCACAAGCUCGGCACUGAGAUGGUCAUCACCAAGAGUGGCAGGCAAAUGUUUCCGCAGAUGAAAUUUCGCGUGUCCGGCCUAGACGCGAAAGCAAAGUAUAUACUGCUGCUCGACAUCGUGGCUGCGGAUGACUACCGGUACAAGUUUCACAACAGCCGGUGGAUGGUGGCAGGGAAGGCGGAUCCGGAAAUGCCGAAGCGCAUGUACAUCCAUCCGGAUUCGCCAUCGACCGGCGAACAGUGGAUGCAGAAGGUGGUCUCGUUUCACAAGCUGAAGCUUACCAACAACAUUAGUGAUAAGCACGGAUUUGUUGGCGAUGCCUCCACCGUUUGGACAAUCCUGAAUUCGAUGCACAAGUACCAGCCUAGAUUUCAUUUAGUUCGAGCGAACGAUAUACUGAAGCUACCGUACUCGACGUUUCGUACCUACGUGUUUAAGGAAACCGAAUUCAUAGCCGUAACUGCAUAUCAAAAUGAAAAAAUAACGCAAUUGAAGAUAGAUAAUAAUCCUUUCGCGAAAGGAUUUCGUGAUACUGGUGCCGGCAAACGGGAAAAGAAUACGGGUUUCAGUUGCUCUGCUUUCAGGCAAUCGCUGAUGGGACAGCGAAGCUCAGACGGUGACAAGCUCAGUCCGAGCUCCGUCAGCUCCUCGCGCGGUCCAGCUGGUUUGGACCACCGAACGAAUAGCAUAUCAGCGCUGGACGAUGACGACAAGCUGCUGGACGUGGUGGGACCACCGCAAAGCCCACUGCUCUCGCUCAGCCAGCAUCAUGCGUCAGGAUGGUUUAACUUCGAAGACGUGCAGCGUGCGGAGGAAGCGAUGCGAAGGCGACUCCAGUCGGACGAGAACGAGCGGGACGGCAGCGACUCGAACUGCUCGGACAGCGUGUCAGGAAGCACAGGUGCCUUUCGUCCGACCUCGGGCAGCCCGAAGGAGUCGUCCAGCAGUGCCGGAACGUCCUACCCCUCGCCCAACAUCUCCGUCGGGCCACCGAUUCACCCGCCACCUCACCUGCUGCCCUAUCUCUACCCGCACGGUCUUUACCCACCGCCACACCUGUCCCUGCUGCACAAUCCGGCUGCUGCGGCUGCCAUGAACCCGAGCCUGCUGUUCAACGCUCAGCUCGCGCUUGCCGCCCAACAUCCGGCCUUCUUCGGGCACUACUCGGGCCACUCGCCCACCUCGCCACUCCACGGCCUGAAGGGCCACCGGUUCUCGCCGUACAGCUUACCGUCUGGGCUCGGGUCGGCAUUCGACGCGGUAACGCCCGGAUCCAACUCGGCCGGUGCCCGCAGCCUCAGCAGCAGUCCACAUCCGCGCGCUGCCUCCAACUCACCCCCUACCAGACCCAUCUCCGUCUCACCAACUCCAACCCAACAUCCGACCUCGCCAACGACGGCGGACGCGAAUGCUGCCGCCAAUAUGCCAACGGCUCCGAACAGCAGCAUAGCACCACCGCCGCCCCCACCACCACCACCACCACCUUCUUCACAACCUUCCGCACCGACGGCACAACCACCUUCCGCCGCUUCCCUCAUGUCGCCUGCUUCGGCUGGACCACCGCCGUCACUAGGACCUCCGCCCCCGUCCUCCAACUCACCGUCGGAGCUGAAAAGCAUCGAGAAGAUGGUAAACGGGCUGGAGGUGAAGCACAACAUCAACGGCAGUACGGUAACCGUCGACAGCAAUGGAGCGAAAAGCCACCAUCUUGCGCACGAUCAGUGA